AUGGAGGGGGGAUUUUCGCCGUCGACCCUGUGUAGGGGGGUCAUCCUCGUCGCCGCAUGUCUCCUCCUCCUCCUCACGGUCGGCGCUACCCCCGUGCACUACUGCGGUAGGGGACUGCGCUCCCUGCUUCCGUCUUACCGUCCUCCCCCUUCAUCUCGCGUCUCCUUCCCUUUCUCUCUCUCUUUCUCUCUAGAUCAAUUAGUAAAUACAUCUAUCUAUCUCUCCCUUUAUGGGUCCGUAUCGCUAUGGGAAUGGAAGAAACUGGAGGCCUGAUCCCCCCACCGACGGAAGAUUGACAUCGGGGAAGGAGGUUUCUCUUCGCCUUCUCCGAACUCUCGUUUGAAUUUCCAUUAAAUCCGAUUCUCUGGGCAGCCGGUGGUGGCCGUCCUCCUCGGGUGUCAAGAAAAGGGUAUUCCGCGCGAGUUUCUCGCGUUUGCCCUGAGGAGAAUCAGGCUCUCUCAAUACAGCCCUUUCGUCGCUCCUCCUCUCCGAGAAUAACCAUUCAUGCAGAAGGGGGGUCCAUGACGGUACCGUGCUGCAUGCUUUAGAUGAUGACCGAUGUAGCGAGGUUAUCGUAAAGGAUUUAAGUAGCUGGUUCUUAUGCCAUACGCCUUCUCACAAGGGAUCCUAUCUUUUUUUGUUGCUGUUCCUUUCAUUCGGGCUAUCUUACGAGCGAAUCGGCGAUGCUUAUACUUCUUGCUUUCUCUCUGCAUGUGUCUUCUUUUUUUCCAGAUAAGCAAGCUGAUUAUGCCGUUAAGGUGAAGGGAGUGCAGAUCAACCCCAAUCCAGUCGUACGGGGCAAGCCGGCGAAGUUCAGCCUCUCGGCAAUCACGGGUAUUAGCGCAAUAUUCAAACCAUUAUUAUCACUUUUGUUAUCUUCAUCUAUCAAGCUUCCGAACUUAUCCGGCUCCGUAUGAUGGUCGUUGAACCGGGGGGGGGGGCGGGGGGGUCAUCUCAUAUUGAUCUCCGCGCUCUCCUUGGAAGUUGGAAGCUAGUCUUUGCUUCUGUGUAAAUAAUGGAUGAGAUCCAUGUCUGAACAGGACCAAGCUCAUGUAAAUAAUGAAUGCCGUGUAACUUUUUUCUAGGACGAGAAUGGGACCAAGCUUAUUGUUUAGGAAAUGAGCUCAGUUGAGGGGAACAGGGAAAGGUGAUGGCUGGGUCCCCGAAUGGGAUAUAUUUGGGAUUGAGGGGAUGACGCAAUCAGAACGCUGCAGCGCACUACUGCUCAGGAAUAGAAAGAAAUCGGUGCAUAAAUCCUUGUUGGUUAAAGGGACUGGAUGAGCGAUUGAGAAAUCCCAUUUGGUCUGCAUGUAGAAUGAUGCAACUUUGGUCAGGAGUGAUCGAUUUAGUCGGUUCGAUCGCUUAUGGAUUGGCGUUUAUGUGCCCGCCUGUUGAUUAUUUCCUCAUAAAUGUUCCAGCAGAUUAGUAGAUUUUUCUCCAUAAUUCAGAAAGAAAUUCCCUUCAUAGGUCUGCCAUUGAAAGCUCUCCUCUUUGUGAUUGAGGAUGGUAGUCUCAUAUACAUUGGAAUGUUCAUCUAAUGGUACCCAACAAACAUCGAUACGCGAGACAAGACAUUGUUAAUUCCUUCGGAAUAUCACUUGAAUGGCGACUUAUUUAUUACUUCAUUCAAUCAGCUAAAAAUUACAUGGACUAGCCUCAAAAACACGGAAAACUCAAGUUCAGCAGCAGAAAAUGUUGCGCUGUUUCAGUCCCUGGAGUAAGUGGGUGGGCCAGUGGAGCUCAUGGCAGAUUUCCAUAUCGCUCGCCUAUAGUGCAGCCUCGUGUGCUAUUUAAUCUGUCUGGACAAUAAUCUCGGUUUGCUGGUGGCCAGCCUGGUUUGCUAUACUUUCAAGCUAAUUAGUCUUCAAGAAUGCACUAGAACCAUUGAUCUUGUGGGCCAGGCUCAUCUAUCAUUCGAUCCCAUCAGUAGCUCAUAUCCAUGCUCCUCGGAUUGAUUUAAACCAUUGUAGGCAGCUUUACUUGAUGGUCGUGUGUAGGUGCUCCAUCUUCCUCUCAGUGAAUUGUAAUGCAGCAUCAUCACCUGCCUGUAGCUUUCUUUCCCACCUCGCAAUGCUCAAUCAGAACGAUUGCGUUUUCUCUGGUUCUCACUUCCUCUCGGCGAGAAGAAUCUUCCUAGAUCUCUGUAUCUACGUAGUAGAUUAUACGCACAUGACUAUGUUAUUCUCCGAGCUUCAUAUUUCAUACGUUUCCCCUUGGGUCAGGAGCGUCAAAUCCUCCAUCAGUAUAGGUGGUGACGUUGCAUAGUUUUUGGUUGCUUGAGAUGUUUGCUCGCUAGAGUUAGCAGGUCACAGCAUCUUGAGGGAACGGGCCCCAAAGGAAUAUGAUAGCAACAGGGAGAUGUGGGGGACUUGGUUGAACUGUAAACGAACCACUCUUAUGAUCUUCCUGGCUGUGGGUGAGUGUGACAUGACAGAGGCAAGUCCUGAUGGAUCGUGGAGGCCAAGAGAAAGGAGGGAAACGGCCAUCAAGACUUGCUAUUUUGUCAUGUGAAUGAAACCCUGACUGGGACAGCUGAUUGAUAGGAAGAGGAUGAGGGGCCUCAUUGCACCUGCGUCUCACCCUCUCUUUCAUCUUGUUCUGGAUCCGCAUAAGAAAGUCAAUUGUUGUUUACAUUCCUUUCUCAAAUAUCAUGUAUGUCUCUCCUCGGCUGAGCUAUCUAUUUCAGAGGGUGACCGCAUCCACAACAUGUCUCUAGAUCCUAUGACAUACCAUGGGCCGAUGCCAAUGACUAGAUGGAUCUCAUCGAUCGGAGAUCGGUAUAGUCACUGCAUGCACAGUCUAAUAUAUUGCAACUGCCAAAUCUUAUGAAUGACAUAAGGAGGAUGCAAAAAGAAAAUUUCCUAAUGGUACUCCCUACUCUCGGCAUAAACUGCACGCAAUGCGAAUGUUAUUAGUAGGUGCAGGGGAAGUCUUCAAGGCCGGAAUCUUUACUUUGAGCCGCAUUUGACUUCCUAAUGCCUCCACAUCCCAUGUAAUGUGAUCGGUUGAUUGGACUGAGGAAAUAUCCUCUUUUUCUCUUCUCUAAGAUGUGAUUCACGACUAAGAAAGUCAACUCAAAAGGUCGUCGAAUUAUCGAAUCUUCCCAUCCCAAAGUUCCUUCGUGAACUUUGCCCACCCUGAAAGGAAGUUGAUUCUGCCCCUAAGAGCUGAUGUCUUUCCAAAAAUAGCUUUCUCGCUUGUUGCUUGAAUAAAAUCUCUAGACCAGAUGCUACCAAGUAUAUUAUCCCCGGCUCUACGUCUUUUGCAUUACGGAGCUUCCGAUCCUCCAAAAGUACUAUUUCUUACGAAACUGGGAGUGACUUAGAGUCGAAUUUUUCUUGUUGUCUUUAUUGAUAAUGCAUCAACCCCCUCAGUUGGCUGGCCUGAUGGCUUCUUCCAGUCCGAAAAAUUUGGGCAUCUCUACUGUCAAGUAACUUGUAUUCAGGCCACUGUAGAAACUCUUGAUGAAACGAAAUCACCCUUUUAGCUCAGUGGUAGAAGUCAUCAAGUUGUUAGGACUUUACUUACAUAAAGGUGGUUCUAACUGGUGGUGAAAUCAUGAGUCUGUCUCGCAGAUGUUUCCGGUCCUGCAAUAAGUUAUGAUUCCCUGCCAAUAAAUAUGAAGGUUCAACUCUUCAGGUUCACCAUAAAGAUUGUUUCUUAGAGUAAUCUAGCUUCUUGUGCUCAUGAUCUCUUCCGACUCGGGGUGAUUUGUGCUUCCCCCCUCUUCUGACAAUAGAUAUGAGAUUUGUAUGAGUAGAGUCGUAAAUUGUGCUUCAUUUUGUAAUUGAUUUCAAUGUAUAUAUAGAUUUGAGAAAUUUUCAGCUCGAAAGGAUGGGACAUUUACAGGUUUUCACAGUCAUCUUUGGUGAGAAAAAACCAAAAUGCUUUGCUGUUGGUGACGACUGUGGACUAGAGAUCUGGGUUCCCCAGUUUUUGAGAAGUUGGAGAUCCUCUCGAUUCUUUCCUUGACUUCGUCUCAUGGUUGAUGGACCUGUUCUUGUCUCAUGUUACAGAGGAUGCCAUACCCGGCGGGUCGCUGAUCAUCGACGUGAAGUAUUUUGGGGUGCACAUCCACCAAGAGACGCAUGAUCUCUGUGAGGAAACUUCCUGCCCUGUCUCAGGGGGGAACUUCCUGAUCUCGCACGAUCAGGUCCUCCCGGCGUACACGCCACCGGUAAGACGCGGGCCUCUCUCCAUCUUUCUUUGCCUCCGUUCCUGGUUUCCGUGGAUGAUGAUGAUAAUGAUGAUGCCCUUCUGGCCCGGACUUCAGAGGUGAGAAGGUGAGAGGUAUACGACGCUCUGACGUCUCUGUUUGUGGCUUUCUCCUGGCCAGGGAUCGUAUACGCUCACCAUGAAGCUGUUGGGCCAAGACGAGAGCCAGUUGUCGUGCGUGAGCUUCGACUUCAAGAUCAGGGUUGGCUCCCCGGUUGACGACGACUGA